AUGACACCAUCGCAGACAACUGUUUCACUGGACACCAACCUGCGCAAAACCCUCAGAGGUCUGCUCAUUGAACGUCUGUGCAGUCCGACACAGCCCCUACCGACAAAGCACUUGUAUGAUGAGCUGACGAAUCGCUCGCGCCUCGUGGAGGAGUUUCAUUUCUCGAAGACGUCACGCCGCAUCACCCGCCAACGGCUCGCACUGCAGUUCUUGCGCCGAUACAACGUGCUGUUGCACGGCCUCCUCUUUUAUUCGGAGGGCACGCACACGUGGAAUACGACGACGGAGUUUCAUCGUCUCGCCAUCCUUGGAGAGUCUGUGCUGUUGACCGAGGUGCGCACCCGGUUGCUGAAGCUCUUUCCUGCCAUGCCGUAUACGGCGUACGUGCAGAGUUUGCCUCACAUGGUCGGUGAGGAAGCACUGGCGGCCGCUUUUGACCGGUAUGAGAUGCAGAACAUUGUCGGUGUCAAACCAUCAAACCGACGCAGCGGCACGCCGCUUACUCGAAUGCAGAAAAGCCAUAUGCUAUGCGCUAUUAUAGCCGAGAUGUACUGGUUUACAGCUCGCACGAAGCCCACCGACUUGACGCACAACAACGCGCUCUUCCCUCCAUCCGACGUGCUCAUCUUGCACGUGCUGUCCACCCAUCUGCUCGAAAACUUGCCAGCGGAGCUCAUCUACAACGUCGUCGAGCCAAUCGUGGCGGACAUCAAGCGCGUGUGGGUGAACGAGCCGAUGUCGUUGCCGUCACAACUGCGCCUUACCCCGCGCACUGUCGGUGCCCUCUCUCUCAAUGCUGUCCCUGUUGAGCCCCGUUGCACCGCCAAGGAAGACUGUGUCACGUCGCGACAGAAAAAGCACGAGGAGGCUCAUCGCCGACAACACGCGCUUACCCGCGAACCGGACCACAGCUGCGUCAAGUCCUUCAUGCAACCCUCCUGCAACUACCACAUAUUUGACGGUCCGCGGUAUCAGAUACUCAGCUCAGAUAAUCGCGUUGCACCACUGCCGCUUGGACAAGAGCGUAGCAGUCUUCCCGCUUCGUCCGUGUGUACCGUCGGUGACAAUGCGGACCGCGCCGCACGUGCGAUGGAGCUUGCCAAGAUGGCGGAGCAGUGGUGA